AUGAGGACGAAGAACAUGAGGGAGGAGCAUCUCAUAAAGGUUCUCGGGCCCCGAAGACCACAGUUGCAAAGGGUACGAAAGGUAACUCUUCAGUGGCUUCCUCAAGCUCAAAACAACGAAAGCCAGGAAAAUGAAUAUCGGGUCCUAUGGCUAGUGGGGUGUUCGGGGUACGUGUCUUCAAACCAAGGGACCGCAAUCCUUGAUCACCGUUUCUUCACUUCGAUUUGGAGGAACAUAUCUCCUUCAAGAGGGUGUGGAAACAACGAUAAGUGUGCUGAAUGGUAUAACGUAGGAAUGCACGACACAGUGAAAGCAAAGGUGAAAGAAGCUGGAUUUGUGCCCUUUUUGUCAAUAUUGGGCCAUGGUAAGAAAGGGGACAGGCCAUUACUUGUGGCCUUAGCGGAGAGAUGGUGGGACACUACCCACACCUUCCAUUUCGAUGAAGUUGGAGAGAUGAUGAUGACACCAACGGACUUCGCAGCAAUCAUUAGAUUGCGUGUUGGUGGGAAGUGUUUACAGUACGACUUCGAGAUGUACAAAAAUAAGAACAAGAUGAUGAAAUUGUUUGGGAAACCGAUCGCAGACCUACUAGCAAGGGGAAAGGAGAGUGCUGGCGGUGCGGCUUUGGCUUGCUUGUAUAGAUCACUGGAUUCUUGUUCCAGGGGAAGGUCAUCGAGCAUGGGCGGGUAUUGGAGGGCAUGGGAGGUAUGGGCUUGCGAGUACCUAAAACCGUUUGCUUUAUCAAGGCCCAGUGGGACCGUGAACACGUGGCCCCGAACAUUGAGGUGGGUUGGUGCAAAAUCAAAGCGGGACUUGCAACAUCACUUGGAACAUUUUAGAGUGAUGAUGCGACAUCUAACAAAGGAUCAGGUAAAUUGGAACCCAUGGGGGACCAAUGAAUCCGAGUUGCCGGAAGAAGUAAAAAAUACCGUGUCGGCAACUCGUAAACGAAUCCUACUUGAGGGACCCAACUGGUUCAGCCUGGUUUUUGGGAGAGCGAGUCGCAAUGCAAAGUUUAGGCACCUCAAAACCUCAAGUACCGAAAAUUCCACCGAGGACAAUGCUUUCGGAUUAUAA